GUUCCAAAAAGGAGGGGGUAGAGGAGGAAUUGGAAAGCUGAGUAACAUCCCCACUCCUUACUUGAAAUCUACAUCCAGAUUUCCAUUCCAUCCAGAGAAGCAGCAUCAGCGAGCACUGGUGACACAUACGACUCCCCACUGCAGUGGGCACACUCCAAUGCUGACUUCCAGAGCCAAAGGUGCAGCUCAGCCUGUUAGUUGCCUUUCUGGUAUCUCUAAGCAUCCAGCCAGAGUGCCGGCCAUCAAGAAGCAGUAUGCAUCCAUCAGUGCCAAGUAUAAAGGGCCAGGACCUGGGAAGUAUGGUAGGCAGCCUCUCACUGGCAUUAAGGACCAUGACUUCACCAAGUAUGCUGAGCCAGCCUACACAAUGCGUGUGAAAUCCAGUGAAAGAUUGAUCUCGAUCACGGAGAGUCCUGGGCCCUGCUACUAUGUGGACCCAAGCAUUUCCCGUCUAGGGAUAUGGAGACCAGUUUCAUUCCGCAUGGUGCAAGAGAGAAAGCGGCCAUUUAUAUCUUGUACGCCUGCCCCAAAUGAGUACUACGUGGAGAAGAUACACCCACUUGAAGAGUCGAAUGCACCAGCGUACACUAUGGGCCUUCGAACGCACUACUGGGUGAGCAGCCCAAACCCAGCACCCAACCAAUACACCCUUCCACAGACACUGGGUCCAAAGCUGCCUGUCAAACCUGCAGCUCCCUGCCUCUCAAUGGCAUCCAGUGCCUCUGUGUGGGGCUAUGCUAAAGACCUGGUGAGAGGGCCUGGCCCGGCAAUGUAUACCAUACCUGAACCAGAUGUUUACCUGUGCCACCAGCCAUCCUACAGCAUCUCCCAAAGGUUUGCUUCCUCCAGCAAGAACUAUACACCAGGACCCCCUGACUACAAUGCGGAGCUGGUCACCACCAACAAACCCAGAGCCCCACGGUUCAGUCUUGGGAUUCGUCACUCUGAGUAUUCUCAUGGCACACCUCCAGUUUGUUUACUCAAAGAGUGAGGGUGGACUCACAGGCCACAGAGGUGACUUGCCCCUUUGGGUAGACCCACCUCCAAAUAGUUCCAUUGUGACACAGUGUCAGGAAGCAGGUGUAAAUAGCUUGUUUCAGAGGGAGAGAUUCUGAUGAACUUUGAACACGUUUGGGCUAUGCCAGGGUCAGGUAAUUGGGGAGGGGGACUAGAUAGCUCUUGAUUAAGGAAAGCCCUCCUUUGUGAGACAGGGGGUCUGCCUUGGUUCUUGGCAAAAUCCUUUCUCUAUUCUUCCUCCUUCCAGUGUGCAUUACUAGUGUUUUAUUUUUAUUUCUAAGGAACUGGCUAGCAUAGGGUGAAGUGUUUCUCACCCCACCACUUAAUUCGCUUUCUGUUACAGAAGAUUAUUGGGAAGAAGGCUAAGACGCUCUUUUUGCUCAUAUAAGAAAUAGUUUUAUAAUUUUGUAAGUAUUACCUUUUUUUUUUACAAAGCUCCAUAAAUAUUUAUUUUUCUUGCUACUAUUCUAUUUACACUGAGAAUGAAAUGCAAAAUGAGAGAGCUGUUUUUAAUAUUGUGUUUUACCAGUGUAUAUUGAAGAGCCUUCCAAAGAGUGAAUUUAUAGGGCAGUCUAUGUAACUUGUUUACAUGUUACUUGCUUUGCGUAAGUAAAUAAAUAAAUAAAUCCAAUUUAGAUCACA